UUUCACAAAGCUGUUCCUAAAGUGAACUGGCAGCGUGCGGGCCAGCUGCCUUUGUACGGAUAUCGCAGUGUUGGGCGGCUGCCGUUGUCUUCUCAGUAAUUCCGAUGAAGCGUUCGUAGGGGACACGCUGAUCUUGUUGGCAGGCUCUACGCAACAGAGGCGUUGUUCAGUGUAAAGUGAAGGUCGCGUUUUGUAUGAGACCUUGACUUUUUUUUUGUUUUCCUUGUAGUAUAUUUUUAUACACUUCGUUAAAAAUCAUGGUGCUGGGGAAGGUGAAGAGUUUGACAAUAAGCUUUGACUGUCUCAGUAACAGCAAUAUCCCCGUGUAUUCUAGCGGGGACACAGUCUCAGGAAGGAUCAGUUUAGAAGUUACUGGGGAAAUUAGAGUGAAAGCUCUUAAAAUUCAUGCAAGAGGACAUGCAAAAGUACGUUGGAGCGAAUCUAGAAAUGCUGGAUCCAACACUGCUUAUACACAAAAUUACACCGAAGAAGUAGAGUAUUUUAACUAUAAGGACGUUCUAGUCGGGCAUGCAAGAGAUGAUGACAAUUCUGAAGAAGGCCUUCGCACCAUUCAUUCAGGAAGGCAUGAAUAUGCAUUCAGCUUUGUGCUUCCACAGAUACCACUUGCUACCUCAUUCGAAGGCAGACACGGCAGUGUGCGGUAUUGGGUGAAAGCUGAAUUGAAUAGGCCUUGGCUUCUACCAGUAAAAUUAAAGAAGGAAUUUACAGUCUUUGAACAUAUAGAUAUCAACACUCCUUCAUUACUGUCACCCCAAGCAGGCACAAAAGAAAAGACUCUAUGUUGUUGGCUUUGUACCUCAGGCCCAAUAUCUUUAAGUGCCAAAAUUGAAAGAAAGGGCUACACCCCAGGUGAAUCAAUUCAGAUCUUUGCUGAGAUUGAGAAUUGUUCUUCCCGUAUGGUGGUGCCAAAGGCAACCAUUUACCAAACGCAGGCAUUCUAUGCCAAAGGGAAAAUGAAGGAAGUCAGACAGCUUGUUGCCAACCUCUGUGGGGAAUCCUUGUCAUCUGGCAAAACAGAAACCUGGAAUGGCAAACAGUUGAAAAUUCCACCUGUUUCCCCUUCAAUCCUUGACUGUAGUAUAAUCCGUGUGGAGUAUUCACUGAUGGUAUAUGUUGAUAUUCCAGGAGCUGUGGAUUUGUUCCUUAACUUACCACUCGUCAUUGGUACCAUUCCUCUACAUUCAGUUGGCAGCAGAACAUCAAGCGUAAGCAGCCAGGGUAGCAUGAACAUGAAUUGGCUUGGUCUGACUCUGCCUGAAAGACUAGAAGCACCUCCUAGCUAUGCAGAAGUGGUCACAGAGGAAAACAGACAGUCUGGCCUUGCACCUGUAGCUGCUUUUGAUGAUUUUCAGAGAGCACUGCAGGGACCAUUAUUUGCAUACAUCCAGGAGUUUCGUUUUCUGCCUCCUCCCCUAUAUUCAGAAAUUAAUCCAAACACAGAUCAGCCCACAGAUGAGAUACCAUCUUGCCCUUCUCGUUGAAGGAAUCCAUAAAAAGCUGUCUUGACUUGGGUUUUGAAUCACACCUUCUGUGUUGAAGAUCAAGGUGUCAUCGUGGAGACUUGGUUUUAAAGGAAAUGGUAUUGCUCUUGCCUGUAUGGUGAAUAAAUGAAAAGAACCUGUGAUCAUGCUUUGACACCUACAGCACAACAUAGGACUGCUCUGCAUGCUUGAAAACCUGCGUCCCCCUCCAUUAAAUAGUGGCACAUACUAGAAGCAGCCUUAUUAGCGUGCACUCAGGUGUUUCAAAACACUCAAACCAUGUUGUAAUGUUGUAAGAGAGGAAUGGCUGCUUUCUAUGAUUCUAUGAAAAUUUGCACAUGCUUAUUACUUAUGUUACACAGUUAAGUGUCACUACAACUUAUUCUCAUUUGUGAUGGACUGCUGUUACCAACCCCUCCCCAAUUGCUUGUGAUCUGCACAACAAGGAACAAAAGACAGCUUUACCAAAAAAAAAAAAAAAAAAAAUUAUAUAUUGUAUAAAGGCUGACAAAAGCCCUGACUUUUUCUUUUCUUUUAAUUUGAUGUAGCCUGGACUUUGCCUGCAUAUGCACAUGCUCAGAAUUGUCCUAGUAGGCUGAUCCUGUAUCACCUCUUCAGCUUGGAUCCUAUUGUAGAUUUAUUUACAAGCAUUACAUGCCUUCAAGGUCAAUCCUUGCUGUAUGUUUUGCAGCCAACUGUAGUAGAAAGCAACAGAUAGGUGGGGGAAGAGAGAACAGAAGGAAACUAAUGAGACAUAAUCAAGAUUGUAUACCUUCUUGAUUUCUUAAAAUAAUUUGUUGCCUUUCUGCUUUUAUUGCAAAGCAGUGUUUUGUUACAGACUGCCUAAAGAUCACUUAAUCUCAGGUGAAUUCAUCACUUGCCAAACUGCUAGAAUGAUAUUUGUUUUAUGUUGCACUUUUAUAUUUGUGUUUUGGUUUUGUUCUUUGAGGGGGAUUUUGAACAGGGACAUGCACAAAACUUACAAAGUGAAAGUAGCACCAGCAGACACUAGCAAAGUGUGAAAAGAAAGUGUGAAAAGGGGAUAAUCAUAUGCUGUCCAGGGUUCACGGGCAGAUAUAAUCUUAACUAUUAGGGAUAGGAAGGAAAAGGUUUGUUGGUUGGUUUGUGUUUGGUUUUAUUUAAAUAAUAUGUAGUUCCCUAAUCAUCAAAAAUUAUAUAUAAAAUGAGUCUCUAGUAGAAAGUGUAUUUCAGAUUGCAAGAAAAAAUUGAACUAUGGCAACUAAGCAGCAGUUCAGUUUGCCCAUUUGGUAUUAUCUUCAGGGUUUAUGAUACUCUGACACAGAAUCAUAGAACACCAGAUUGGAAGGGAGCUCAAGGAUUAUCUGGUCCAACCUUUCUUGGCAAAAACAUGGUCUAGACAAGAUGCCCUAGUACACCUAAAAAGUGUCCGAUGUUGGGGAAUCUGCCACUUCCCUGGGGAGAUUAUUUAUUAUUGUUCUCAUUGUGAAAAUUUGUUCUCUCAUGUUCAAUUGGAAUCUCCUGAGGAGUAACUUGUACCUAUUACCCCUUGUCUUUUCCAUGUGACUCCUUGUAAAAAGGAAGUCUCCAUCUUCUUUGUAGCCACCCUUUAAAUACUGGAACAUGGCAAUAUGGUCUCCCCUUAGCCUUCUUUUCUCAAGGCUGAACAAACUCAGUUCUCUCAGCCUUUCUUCACAUGGGAGCUUCCCAGUCCUUGAAUCAUCUCUGUGGCCCUUCUCUGGACCCUCUCCAUCCUGCCCACAUCUUCUUUUGUAUAUCAGGGACCAAAAGUGAACACAGUAUUCCAAGUGUGGCCUGAUAAGGUACUGAGUAGAGUGGGAUAAUGAUUUCUUUAUCUCUGCUGGUGGUGCCCUUGUCUAUGCAACCCAGCAUCCUGUUGGCUCUCUGCCACAGCAGCUCACUGUUCACUCAUAUUCAGUUUGUUGUCCACCAGGAUCCCUAGGGCCCUUUCCACAGAACAUCUCCCCAGAGGGAUAGAUCCCAGCCUAUGCUGCAUUCCUGGAUGAUGUUUUCCAGGUGCAAAAUGUUUGUCUUUGUUUAACUUCAUAAGGUUCUUGUCAGCCCACUCUUCCAGCCUAUCCAGGUCUUCCUGCAGGGUGGAUCUUUCUUCCAAAGUGUCCGCUUCCCUGCUCAGUAUCAUCAGCACACUUCAUUGGGGUACACUUGAUUCCAUCAUCCAGAUUACUUAUAAAGAUAUUAAACAGCAUUGGGGCCCAAUAUCGAUCCCUGGGGGACCCCACUUGUGACAGAUUUCCAGUUUGAAAAGGAACUAUUUACCACCACCUUCUAGGUGUGGCCUGUCAGCCAGUUCCCCACCCACUGCACAGAUCACUUGUCUAGACCAUAACACAUUAGUCUCUGUAGGAGGAGGCUGUGGGAAACAGCAUCGAAAGCCUUGGAGAAAUCCAUGUAGACAGUGUCCACUGCUUGCCCCACAUAACCAAGACAGUUACUUAGUCAUAGAAGGUGAUCAGGUUUGUUAAGCAUAAUUUGCCCUUGGAGAGUCCAUGCUGGCUUUUCCAAUCCCAUGCUUCAUUUGACUUCUAAUAGCCUCAAGGAAGAUUUGUUCAAUAACUUUCCCAGAGACUGAAUAAGACUGAUGGAUCUAUAAUCUCCACGAUCCUCUUUUAAUCCUUUCUUGUAGAUGGGGGUGAUAUUAGGCUUCUUCCAAUCUCCUGGGCAGUGCCUCAAUCUCUGUGACUUCUCAAAGGUUAUGGAGAGCAAGCAGCCUUGCAAUGGUGUCAGCCAACUCUCUUAACACGCUUGAGUGAACAGUGUUAGGGUCCAUUGAUUUGUUGGGGUCAAGCUCCUGUAGCAGUUCACAUGACAACUCAACUCUUUCUUCAUUGACAGUAGGUCUGUGUUUGCAUUAACCUGGAUUUUUGUUCCCAAGGCUUGGGGCCCGACAGUGCUGUGUGAAGAAGACAGAGGAGAAGAGAGUGUUGAGAACCUCUAGCCUUUUCAGCACUGUUGGUGACCAAUUCAUCUCUCCUGUUUAACAUCAGGUCCAUAUUUUCCUUCUGUUUCUUACUAUUUACAUACACAAAGAACCCUUUCUUUGGAUUUUUGACAUCUCUGGACAAUUUCAAUUUGGGUUGAACUUUUGCUUUUCUAACUUCUUGUUCUGGUUUGAAAGCAAAACCAGUGAGAGACUCCAAGUCAGAAAUACAAUUUAUUGGGAAAAGGGAAAAGAAACAAAAUACAUGCAAUAAUAUAAAAGGAAAACCACUGACAAAGUUAGAAUACAGUUUGACACCCCUUUGGCCAGCAUGUUGGUAGCAGUACAAAUUGGAGUGGCUGCAGUCCUCUUGGAGUGGCAGAUGUGGUUUCUGUUGGAGUAGUGGUCUUGUAGAAAAGGUGUAGUCAGUCCAGUGGAAACCUCAUCUGUGUCCUCUUGGAAACUUGUGGGAAGGCUGUUGCUCUGUCCUAAAACUCCAGAAUAUAUCUAGGUGGGGAUGCUUAGCUCCUCCCCCCUGGGCGGGGCAUCUCACAAUGGGCUGAUGUCAUUUUGAGUAAUGUUGUGGCUCCUUGAUUAUCUGUUAAACAGAAAUGGCUCCUGGAGGGAGUUAUCUCUGAGUCAUGUGGCGAGACAUUGAUGGGCCCAUUAACAAGAGAUAAGGAAAACUGGCCAGAAGACAACUGCUACACAGAUGGCAAUAGAAAACAUCUUGCUUCUCAAUCUCGGACACUGCUUCUCUGCAUGCCCUGACAUUGCAUUUGUAGUAUUCAAUAGAUAUUUGUCUGCUUUUCCAUCUCUGGUAUGUGUCUCUUGGUUUUGAGCAGAUACGGAGACUUGCAGUUAAACUAGGGGCGGGUCUCUUGCUCUGCCUAUUUCUUUUACCUUUAAAGGCGAUGAAUUGCUUUUGUGCUUCCAGGAAAGCAUUCUUGGAAAAACUCCCAGCCCUCACUAACACCUUUAUCCUCUGUGGAAGCUUCCCAUUGAAUCCCUCCCAAAUGAGCUCUGAGCAAGCUGAAGUUUGCUCUUCUAAAAUCUAAAACCUUUGUCUUAAUACUAACCUUUAGCGUGCUCAGCUGGCUCUCCAAUUCCACGAUAUUGUGAUCACUGCAGCCAAGGUUAUCACUAACGGAUAUUACAAAGCAGUUUUUCUUGGUUUGUGAGAAGCAAGUCCAGCAGUGCCUCAUUUCUGUUUGGCACAUCUUGACAUUUGUAUGAGGAAGCAGUCCUCUACGUAUUCCAGGAACUUGAUGGCUGAAAUAUGAGCUGCUGUAUUGUUCUUCCAACAAAUGUCUGGGUAGCUGAAGUCAUCUAUGAGAACCAGGUUCUGUUGACCUGAAGCUUGUUUAAGUGACCCAAAUAUUGCUCUAUUUGCCUUAUCAUCUUGGUUUGGAGGUUGGUAGACUGAAACUAUUAUAAAACUGAGCCAGAGUAUCAGUGUUACCAACUGUACUCCAAUUAGUUUGCUGAGAAUUGCUCUGAUUGCUUCUGGGCUAAUCCUGAGAGCUUUAAAACAAACAAUUUAUAACAAAAAAUUUCCAUUUUAGGGCCAGUUCUCUUCAACAUCUUCAUAAACGACUUGGAUGCAGGACUUGAAGGUAUACUAAGUUUGCUGACGAUAAUAAAAUGGGAAGGACUGUUGACUCCCUCAAAGGCAGAGAGGCCCUGCAGAGAGAUCUUGACAAAUGAGAGGGCUGGGCAAUCACCAACCAUAUGAAGUUCAACAAAG